CCCCGGCCCGGCUCGGCCCUCGGCUCGGCUCCCGCCCGGAACUGGCCCGGCUCCAGUCCGGCCCAGCCCAGCCCUGCCCCAGACCCCGGCCCCGCCUCAGCCCUGCCCCAGCCCAGCCCGGCCCCGCCUCAGCCCUGCCCCAGCCCCGCCCCGCGGAACGGCGCGGACAGAGGCGCGGAGCGGCCGAGCCCUGAGGAGCCGCCGAGAUGCUGAGCUCGCCCUGGGCGCGCUUCUACUCCAACAGCUGCUGCCUCUGCUGCCAUGUCCGCACCGGCACCAUCAUCCUCGGCGUCUGGUACCUGAUUAUAAAUUCGGUGGUCUUGCUGAUUCUGCUGAGUGCCCUGACUGAUCCUGACCAGUACCACCUGACUAGUGCUGAGUUAGGGGGUGAAUUUGAAUUUAUGGAUGAUGCCAAUAUGUGCAUUGCCACCGCAAUUUCUCUCCUUAUGAUUCUGAUCUGUGCAAUGGCUACAUAUGGUGCAUAUAAGCAACAUGCGGCUUGGAUCAUCCCUUUCUUCUGUUACCAGAUCUUUGACUUUGCUCUCAACACGUUGGUUGCCAUCAGUGUACUUGUCUAUCCCAGCACAAUUCAGGACUACCUCCGUCAACUGCCCAACAAUUUUCCCUACAAGGAAGAGAUUAUGUCUGUGAACCCUACGUGCCUGGUUGUGAUUAUCCUCCUUUUCAUAAGUAUUAUUUUGGCUUUUAAGGGUUACUUGAUAAGCUGUGUGUGGAACUGUUACCGGUACAUCAAUGGCAGGAACAACUCGGAUGUGUUGGUGUACAUCACCACCAACGACACUGCGGUCCUGUUACCACCAUAUGACGAUCCUGCGAAUGGAGCUGCUAAAGAUCCACCACCACCUUAUGUGUCAGCAUAAGUGAGAGUGCUGUGUCCCUGGGGAGGAUAGCUUUACUUUACAGACAUUGAAGCAAUAGUUUCAUAAUUUCACUUCCAGGAUAUAACCUCCAUGGAUUACACCUUGCUGUUUUGCUGACAUAUUGAAACCUAAAUUGUAUGACUCAUAUUCUGUAGAGAGUUUUAAUAAUUUGCUGCAACUACAGUAGUGUUUCAGAAACUAGUGAACUAGUUUCAAAAUAAUUCUGGGUAGCAUUAGGGUUACAGUAGUCACUGAAUAGCUUUUUCCACCAUGUCUGACAUACAGUGCUAGAGAACAUAGAACUUUGCAUUCUCAGUCAGGUUCAGUGUAACUUAAUUUUUUUAAUUUGUAAAAUUUCCAAAGCAUUAUAAAUAUGUUUCUCAGAUGCCUACAUUCAACUUCAGAAUACAGACCAAGUCAAAAAAAGUGACAUUCCAAAUCAUUCCUCUUCUGCAAGUAUUUUUGAAGUUACUGUGCUAUAAAUGUCGAUAAUGAUUGCAGGAAGAAGAAUUAGUCUUAUGCACUGUUCACAUCAACCUGGCUAAUGGAAAACAUAUUUAAUUGGGAAGGAUAAGUAUAGGAAAUGAGAAUAGACAAAGCACUCCGUGGAACAAGCCAGAACCUGUGGUCCACAUGGACUCAACUUUGUCCCAGCCUGAAACCAUUCUAAUGCUCAAAAAAAAGUUACCAAAUUCUGAUAACUUUCUUUUCCUGCCUACACACCUUUCUCCUCCCCACUAACUUCACAAAUAGUGUUUGACAUCACAAGAUCCCUGCUUUAAAGUCUCAUGAUUAGGUGACAAAGCUGUGUCUUUCGCUCUCAACAUGCAAAUGUUUUCCCAUCAGAAUGUGCCUGUAAAUAUUGCAGUGUUCUGCUGAGUGUAAACUAAAUUAUGCAGAUUCUAAGAUACAUGUUCCCAACCUGUGGGGAACUUAAGCAUGUGAUUUCCUUGAGCAUCAGCAGAUAUGUUCUGUCUGUUUCUCGUGGGUCUCAUCCAUCCAUGAAUGCUUGUGUGAGGUAUUUAUUUCUUCUCUAGAGAAGUGCCUCCUGCAUGUGUAACUUUUUUUUUUUAAUGAAAUUUCUACUUUUAAUUGAAAAGGAACAUGAAAAGGGAAUAUAGUGUGUGUCUCUACCUCUCCUUGUUUCCCUCUGCAUUUGGGGUGAUUGAACAGGCUGAAGCUGAUCUGGUGCCAUUGCACAGCACCCCAGGUGAAGGGCAGUGCAGAGCUGAGUCACAGUUUGGAGAGGCACCAGAAGACACCAAGGUGCCAUCUCUCCUGUGGCUGGGCUGGCAUGUGAGUCCACACCCUUCCUGAGGAGGACACCUGUUCUCAUCCUUAGUGCAUUGACUCCACUCUGCCGACUGAAGAAAUGUGGAACUUCUCCUGACUUUUUCUGGAAAAGAGCUUUCCAGGGGAACACAGGACCAACAAAUUCUUUUCACAGAGAUUACAACUUGAGCUGUUCUUGCAGAGGCCAGGGAAGGAAAGGACAGACUCUUUCUGCCUGUCUCUUCCAUACCCCUGGUAAAAGGCAGGUCCCCAUCUACUUGUUGGAAUUUUAGUUCAUGGUUUAUUUACUCUGAGAUCAAGCUAAGCAAUGCAUUUGAAUGAACCAAUCCUGAAAUCCAUCCACUGAUCUUUGUCACAGUCCUAUUUUUUCCUUAUGAAGAAUGCCAUCUACUCUCAUUACAGAUAUCUUUGGGAAUUAAUCUGAAUUUUGGGGUUCUGCUGGCCGGCUGGGCUUCUGAGCUUCAUUUUCUUUCAUUCUGGACAGAUUUGUGAAGGAUGUUAAGAAGUCAUCUGUUUGAGAAAAACUGGUUGUAAAUAUGUCACAUCUGUGUAUACAAACUUCUCUACAAUAAAAGGGAUUCUUUCCUCAA